AUGGCUCCGUUUGAGACGUUGUAUGGACGCAAUUGUCGUACUCCUUUGUGUUGGACUGAGUUGAGUGAGAAAUGCGUUGUUGGUCUGGAAUUGAUUAAAGAAACUGAGGAGAAAGUUAAGUUAAUUAAGGAUUGGUUUAAGGUUUUUUCUUGGAAGAAGGUGUUAUGUUUUGGGUGUAAGGGUAAGCUUAUUCUAAGGUUUAUAGGACCGUUUGAGGUGUUAAAGCGUGUAGGGCCAGUUGUGUAUCGUUUGAUGUUGCCGCCUGAGCUUGAACAUUUUCAGGAUGUGUUUCAUGUGUCAAUAUUGCGUAAGUAUAGGUCGGAUCCUUCUCAUGUCAUUUUGGUUGAUGAGGUUGAGGUUCACAAGAAUCUUUCUAAUGAGGAAGAACAUGUUAAGAUUCUGGCUGUGGAUGUGAAAGUUCUUCAUAACAAGGCCGUUCCGUUGGUAAAAGUGUUGUGGCGUAACUACAAUACUGAGGAGGCGACUUGGGAGACGGAAGAGUCGAUGAGAACUUAG